AUGCCAAAGGACUCAAGUAAGACGGACAAGCCGUACAAUGAUAAGCUGGAUGGUCAAUGUGUUGAAAAUGGUACCCUUGAGUCUUCAUUCGAAUAUUCCGCCAGCCUAGAGAAAAAGCUGGUUCGGAAGAUUGAUUUGAUGGUCCUUCCAAUCAUGCUGUUCGCCUACAUGAUGGCUUUUCUGGAUAAGCAGACAUUGAACUACACCUCUCUUAUGAGUAUUCGGGAGGACCUUCAUCUGGUCGGCUCCCAGUAUAAUUGGUCAUCCAGCAUAUUUUACUUCGGAUACUUGUUCUUCUCGUACCCAGCAUCCUUGUUAAUGGUCAAGUUCCCACUCGGCAAAUAUCUUUCUACGGUCUUUAUUUUGUGGGCCAUCGUUCUGGCCUGUCAUGCAGCUACUACGAACUUUGCUGGUUUGAUGGUGGCGCGUUUCUUUCUCGGGUGUACAGAAGCAAGCCUCUCCCCAGGCUUUACAUUGAUCACUUCUCUUUGGUACAGAACAUCUGAACAACCACUUCGUCAUGGUGUCUGGUUUUGUGGAAAUGCUUUAUCUUCGAUCAUUGGAAACUUGAUCGCUGUUGGGAUACUGCAGAUUGAAACCCAUCUGAAGACAUGGCAGUGGCUAUUCAUAAUUUUUGGAAUCAUUACAUUCCUUUUGGGGAUUGUUAUGCUUUUCCGCCUCCCCGAUUCGCCUACUUCUGCGAGUUUCCUAACCGAAGAGGAAAAGCUCAUUGCAAUAGAACGAUUGAAGGCGAACCAAACUGGGUUCAAAAACUCAAACAUUGAUAACUCGCAGAUUAUGGAAGCAUUUACGGAUGUGAAGACUUGGUUGCUUGCAAUUUUGAUACUGGCUGGCAAUAUUCCAAAUGGUGGCUUCACAACGUUCAACGGAUUGGUCCUACGAGGGUUCGGGUUUUCAACUUUCAACACACUGUUGCUUGGUAUACCAUGUGGUGUGGUUGUUGUCCUCUUCGUGUUGCUGUCGCCCUUAAGAGGUAUCAUUUCAUCCAAGGUGCCUAAUAGCCGAUGCCUUGUUAUGGUCGGAUGCAACGUGAUAAGGUACCAGCAUUUUCCUUUUUUUUUUAUGUUAGACAACUCACAAAACACUAACACCUCAAACAGUAUCAUUGGCAGCGCUCUGGUCUAUGCCACCGACUCUGUGGGUUCCCGUUACGCAGGCCUGCUUCUCAUGGGAAUCUACUCGGCUACAAUGCCUAUUUCAAUGGCAAUGAUCAGCUCCAACGUAGGUGGCUUUACAAAGAAAGCUACCGUCAGUGCAAUUUACUUCAUCAUGUACUGCACCGGCAAUAUCAUCGGUCCGCAGCUAUUUUUCGAAAGAGAAGCACCAAGAUAUCAGAGUGGAUUCCUGGCUAUCAUUAUUUGCUUAAUUGUAUGUGUGGUUGACGGGUUCGCCCUUCUGUUCUAUCUUCAUUGGACAAAUAUUAGACGCGACAAACAGCGCAUGGAGACCGUGUCGGAGGACCAAGAGAAACACGAGGUUAAUGAGACACGGCUGCUCGAUACCACAGAUCUAAAGAACAGGGGUUUCAGAUAUGUCUUUUAA